UGCGGGCGUUAAUUAACGCAAAGGUGCAAAAAAAUUAGGAACUUUAAAAAAACAAUCACAAUUCGUGUCAAUGUUAAGCACAAACAGUUUGUCAAAAGCAUAAACAAAUAACACGAGCAUUGUGCAAAUCAUUUUGAAUAUAAUUGUAUUAGCAACAGUUGCGAAAAGAUGACAGAUAAUAAGGCAUAUACGCCGGACACGGAACCCGCCGGAUCGAAUGAGGUACCGGGGUCUAGCUCACACCUGCCGGCAGCACCGCCCGCUUAUAGCGCUGCGGUCGUCCCGCUGAAUGACUUCAACUCCAAAGCCAACUUAACGGAGAAGGAUCAGCUGUCGCAGGAGGAGGCCGCGUACAGUCCGUUCGAUAAUCGCGAUCCCAAUGGCGCCAGCGCUGGCGGCGCUCUGGCGCAUCUGCUCAAGAGUUCAUUGGGCACCGGAAUUCUGGCCAUGCCCAUGGCCUUUUACAAUGCUGGUCUGGUCUUUGGCGCCGUCAUGACGCUUAUCGUGGGCUUCCUCUGCACGCACUGUGUGCACAUUUUGGUAAAAACUUCUCACAACAUUUGUCGGGAUGCCAAAGUUCCGGCAUUGGGUUUUUCGGAAACUGCUGAGAAGGUGUUUGAGUAUGGACCGAAAGCGAUACGACCCUAUUCCAAUUUUGCCAAGCAAUUUGUGGAUGUUGGCCUGAUGGCAACCUAUUAUGCGGCCGCCUGUGUCUAUAUGGUCUUCAUAGCUACCUCCUUCCACGAUGUCAUCAACUAUGAUUUGGGCCUCAAAUGGGAUGUGAGAAUCUAUAUUGCCAUGACUGUGAUACCCUGCCUGUUGAUCGGUCAGAUCAGGAACCUCAAAUGGCUGGUGCCCUUCUCACUGAUGGCGAACGUGUUCAUUGUGGUCACCUUUGCCAUAACCCUCUACUACAUGUUCGAUGAGACGCUGGACUAUUCGGACAAGCCUCUGCUGGCGCCCGUAACGCACAUACCCCUGUUCUUUGCCACCGUUAUCUUUGCCAUGGAGGGCAUUGGUGUUGUCAUGCCCGUGGAGAACUCGAUGAAGAAGCCACAACAAUUCCUCGGCUGUCCCGGCGUCCUCAAUACAGCCAUGAUCACUGUGGUUCUGCUGUACACAGUCAUUGGUUUCUUUGGCUAUGUGAGAUUUGGUGACAAGGUCCGCGGCAGCAUUACGUUAAAUCUGCCCGAUGGCGCCUGGCCGGCCGAUACGGCCAAGCUUCUGAUGGCAGUGGCCAUUCUUUUUACCUAUGGUCUGCAGUUCUAUGUGCCCAAUGAGGUGCUGUGGCGCAAGAUCCAGCACAAGUUUAAUCCGGAACGGCACAACAUGGUGCAGAUUCUGCUGCGCACUGGCAUCAUUCUGGUCAGCGGCGGCAUUGCAGCAGGCAUUCCCAAUCUGGAGCCGUUCAUUAGUUUGGUGGGCGCCGUAUUCUUCUCGCUGCUGGGCAUCUUUGUGCCUAGCUUUGUGGAGACUGUAUAUCUGUGGCCUGAUCGUCUGGGCUCCUGCAAGUGGAAGCUGAUCAAGAAUGUUCUGCUGGGCAUUUUCUCUCUGCUGGCGCUUGUCGCCGGCGCCGCAGCCUCCAUUGAUGAGAUGAUAAAUCCCAAAGAGGAAAAUUAAAAAUUGUCCAUAUUUGAUAUGCCUCGACACUUAACUAGUAUUAAAUGAGAUGCAGGUGCUCCAAUUGGAGAGCGAGUGAGUAGUUCUAAGUGCAGCAGCCCCACACACAAACAGACACACAUUUUGAUCCACACCCAGACACAACUCCCAAAAAGAAAGACAUGUUGAACAUGACUGAGCAGCUGCCGCUGGACUGCAUUGAAAAGAUGAUAUUAAUUCUUAAGCCCUAGCACCGAUUCUGCACAUAUAUGUUUGUCUUAUGUGUGCCUAGUAAGUACCUGUAUCUAUACAAAUACACACAUAUAUAUAUGUUUUUGUAUUUAAACUAAGAAUUUAUAAUCUUACACACUUAGCUAAAAAGCCUUCUUUUGUACGCGUUAAAUACAAUAAAAAUGUUAAAAGUUUUAUAAUUAUGUAAACAAUUGUAAA